AAUCAUUCAUGAACGACACAUCACUACUUGGCUCUAGCGCAGCUGCGCAUCUCGCACUUUCUCUUAACGCGUCAACAUCUGAGGAAAAGGGAAAGUAAAUUUAAUUCCGACUAUUAAACAGCAUUGCACCGGCUGCCAUAGGGAUUACAGCAUGGGCGAAAGGACGGCCUUUGUGCUGCUGAUAGCUGCGACUCUGUCGCUUGCUGUCGAGGUGCCAUCGGACGACUCGGUGGGAUUGCUGGCCGAGCCUCAGGUGGCCAUGUUCUGUGGGAAACUCAACAUGCAUAUCAACGUCCAGAGUGGAAAGUGGGAGCCUGAUCCUACUGGCACCAAGAGCUGCAUCAGAACCAAGGAAGGAAUUCUGCAGUACUGCCAGGAGGUGUAUCCUGACCUGCAGAUCACUAAUGUAGUGGAGGCCAACCAGCCAGUCAGCAUCCAGAACUGGUGCAAGAAGGGCAGACAUCAGUGCCGCAACCACGUACACAUUGUAGUGCCCUAUCGCUGCCUGGUCGGAGAGUUUGUGAGCGAUGCCCUUCUGGUUCCUGACAAGUGUAAAUUCCUACACCAGGAGCGGAUGGAUAUGUGUGAGAGCCACCUGCACUGGCACACUGUGGCCAAAGAGUCAUGUGGUGAUCGUUCGAUGAAUCUGCAUGACUUUGGGAUGCUGUUGCCAUGUGGUAUUGACCGUUUCCGUGGUGUAGAGUUUGUGUGCUGCCCACUGGAGGAGCAGAGAGACUCUGAGGCUGAAGAGCAGGAGGAAGUCAACUCGGACGUCUGGUGGGGAGCCGCUGAGAAUGAAUACACUGACAGCCUGCCCAAACAAGCCCCUACAGAACAGCAGGAACUAGAGUCUGUCAAUGUGGAUGUAGAUGAAGACAUAGGAGAUGAUGUAGAAGAGGGCUGGGAGAAUGAUGAGGAUGGUGAUGGUGUGGAAGACGAUGAGGAAGACGAUGAGGAUGAGGAUGCUAUAAACGAACGUGACAUCAGUGAGCAAGCUUCAAAUGUUGCCAUGACCACCACCACUACUACAACCACUGAGUCUAUAGAAGAGGUUGUGCGAGCCGUGUGCUGGGCUCCGGCACGGAAAGGCCCGUGUGACGCCAAGCUGCCCCGCUGGUACUUUGUGGCCGAGACAGGACGCUGUGCUCCUUUCACCUUUGGGGGCUGCGGAGGCAACCGCAAUAACUUUGAAUCAGAGGAGUACUGCAUGGCUGUGUGCAGCAGCAGCGUGUUGCCCACUAUGGCUCCGAGCCCCCCCGACGCCGUGGGCCGCUACCUAGAGGCUCCUGGAGAUGUUAACGAACAUGCUCACUUCCAAAAAGCUAAAGAGCGUCUGGAGGCCAAACACAGGGAGAGGAUGUCACAGGUGAUGAGGGAGUGGGAGGAGGCGGAGAGGCAGGUGAAGAGCCUUCCCCGUGCUGAUAAGAAGGCUGUCAUUCAGCAUUUCCAGGAAAAGGUUGAGGCAUUAGAGGCAGAGGCAGCCAAUGAGAGGCAGCAGCUGGUGGAGACUCACAUUGCUCGGGUAGAGGCUCUGCUUAACGAGCGCCGACGUAUGGCACUGGACAGCUUCCUAACUGCACUACAGGCUGACCAGCCCCGGCCUCGUCAGGUACUUGGCCUGUUUAAAAAGUAUGUACGUGCCGAACAGAAGGACAGGCAGCACACACUUAAACAUUUUGAGCAUGUACGCAUGGUGGACCCCAAGAAAGCUGCCCAGAUCCGCCCUCAGGUGCUAGCUCACCUGCAUGUCAUCGAGGAGCGUCUGAAUGAAAGCGUGGCCUACCUCUACAAGGUCCCACAGGUGACCAAUGAAAUCCAGGGCCAAGUGGCGUUGCUGCUGGUGCGUUUGCAGGCCGAGGCCACUCAGCAGCUUUCCUCUGUUCAGUCGGAUAUGAGAGUGAGUUACGGUAACGACGCUUUGAUGCCCCCUGACAGCACCCCAUCUGUGGACUCCGUGGUCGUAGAGCAGGACAACCUGGGCUUCAUCCACCCUGAGAGCUUCAACCAAGCCAACACUGACAACCAUGUUGAGCCUGUAGAUGCCCGUCCAGUUCCAGAUAGAGGACUUCCCACACGACCCGUGUCUGGCCUAAAGCCUGAUGAGAUGCCAGAGGUACGGAUGGACAUUGAAGAAAGGCACAGCACUGGAUAUGAAGUGCAUCACCAGAGAUUGGUAUUUUUCGCAGACGAUGUAAGCUCUAAUAAGGGAGCCAUAAUCGGCCUAAUGGUAGGCGGAGUCGUCAUCGCUACCAUCAUCGUUAUCACCCUCAUAAUGCUGAGGAAGAAGCAGUACUCCUCCAUCCACCAUGGAGUCAUAGAGGUUGAUGCUGCAGUGACUCCAGAAGAACGCCACCUCACUAAGAUGCAGCAGAACGGCUAUGAGAACCCUACCUACAAGUUCUUUGAGCAGAUGCAGAACUAAGUCUUCAUUCUCACCCCACACCACUUCCCCUCUCACCUCUCUCCAUCAGGACAGUGAAUAAAUGCUGAUCCUUCAUCCGCUCUAGUGCUGAACUCAUGGAGAUGAGAGUGGCUUUUAUCACCUGACCAUUCAUUCAAUCACACACGAGUGUUCACAUUGUUUGCACAGAAAAGCGAUGCAUCGUUUUUCCCCAUCCAGCCAUAUGUAUGUCUGUCUGUCUGUCUGGUCUGGACUCCUCUACCUGUCAAUCAAGUCACAGCACUAAGUAUCUUUCUGUAUUUUCACCUAGUCUCUUUUCCCAGUCCAUCCAUCUGUCCUCUCUGCUCUAGCUCUGUCUGUGCUCUUUACUGUCCUGCACUUAUUGUCUGCUUUUCCCCUAUCACUCUUCUGUGGCUUCCCUCCAUCAUCCUGUCUUUCCUGGAUAUUUGGACAACAGCUGUGCUGAGCUCACGUGUGAAAGACUUUGAUUGCAAAGAUGGCCAGAAGCAAGAAUAAUGUACUCACCAUUUUGAGCUUUCCGUUUCCGGACCGGUCUUGUCUUAGGUCUGUUGUUUUUUUUUGUUUGUUUGUUUUUU